AGUAGCUAUGCUUUGCAACAAAUUCACACCAAUAUCUUACUCAAGAUCUGACUGUGUCUUGGGAUAGUUGCCGUCCAACUGAAAAGACAUUUAAUCAUAUCUCAAACAAAUGCUUUUGAUUAAUGACUCUCUUGUACUUUUUAACUUCAAAUAAUUUUCUGUUUGGCACAAAACAGCAUACGAACUUAUUUGGAUUUAAUUAAAAUAAGUUUCUACUGUCCAUUUCAUAUUUGUAUAUUUCACUGUCAUUCGUUUUAUGUUUACUUGCCAAACUUCAUUUUAGUUCCACCUUUUUCACGAUUGCAUGAUUUGAUAAGGUUUGAGGUUCAUAUAUAUAAUAAACUCAAGUAGAGAUAUACUCCUCAUAUUUUACAAUGAUGAAUACCGAAUUGAGAAAAAACACUUUCAGUAACAACAUUAACGAAGUAUAAUGAUUAAAGCAGGGAAACUUGCAUAUGCGACAAUCCUCACAUGAACCAAUUCCAUGUGCCGUUUCUUUCACAAGCUUAAUAACAAAAGAAUCCGAAAGGUGUAAUUAACAGAAACAGAAAAAAGCUCUAAUAACUGUACACAAACGUGUUCGACAAAAACAGAAGAAAUACUAAAUGGUGGUGGACAGAGAUUGCCAAAUGGUUACUAUUUUGAGUCCAUUGAUUACGAUUUCUACAAAUAUAUAAAGUCACCAAGAUGUUGAAAGAACUCUUUUUUUUUUUUGACAAAGUUGAAAUGACUUUUAAUUAGUAAUAAUAAUGAAAAUUGGAAUAGGAUUAGCAAAUUAGUAAAAUAUAAGAAAGUGGAGCCCGAAAACCCAUUUUGUGGCUCCCAAAAACAAUGGAAAAUAAACUAUUACGAUUUGGCAUAUUAUCAGACCUCUGCAGCACCGUUUACUAUAAAGUUUUUGCAUGUUUCUAUAACUGAAAAGAAGAUAUGUCAUUUACUAUAAACUAUUGCAAUAUGCUACUGAUUCAGGCAUUCAGCUAAUUGGACUGCAACUUUGUUUUAUGAUCCAUAAUCCAUUUUUUUAAAUAAAAUUUAAAUACUUGAAGAAAUCCACAUUUUACUGAAAGCUGUAAACAAUAAAUUCGACACAAGUAAUUAUAAAAAUAGAAAAAGGAUAUAAACAUUCAAUUCAAUUUAUUUAUUAUUUGGUCAAAAUUCAAUUUAAUUUAAUUUACAGAGGUGGUGGGGGAAGUGAGAGAGUGGAAAAUUCAAAACGCAGCUCUCUCUCUCUCUCUCUCUCUCUCUCUCUCUCUCUCUCGUCACAUCAAUCCACACUGUAUAGUAUCUGUUUUCUUCUUUUCUUCUUCUUCUUCUUCUUCAAGUUCUCUGCUCUGCUUCUUCACUCUCCAUUGGUCCCAAAUCCCAAAUCCCAAAUCUUUACUCUCAUUUUUAACCUUUACUGAUCUGACCCAUCUCUCAAAAACCUCUCCUUUCUCUUUCUUCUGACUCCCUUUUCGAUUUCAAUUCUCAAUUGCUUUGUUUCAAGUGAGUGAAAUUGCUUGUAACCUUCACAAGAUCCCAAUUUGGAAAGAGCCCGUUAUCGAAAGUUUCGGUCUUUGGCUUCUCAACUCAAGUUAACCAAUAGUUUCUCAAUUCAAGAUCCCAUUUUGUUGCAUUGUAGAUGGAAGAAUAAUUGAAAAAAGAUGGAAGUUGUUGAGAGGAAACGAUCUAGAGGAGGGUUCUUGAAUCUAUUUGAUUGGCCUGGAAAGUCCCGGAAGAAGCUCUUCUCUUCUGACAGCUCGGAACUCUCAGAACCAAAGCAGACGAAACAGAAUGUUCAAAACCUCUCUAGUCUUUCUCUCAUUGAGGUUGAUGAAGUUAGCAAGAAUUUGAGUUACAACCCAAGAAGUGAGUCAAGCUGCUGUGCAUCUUCUGUUACCAGUGAUGAUGAGGGCCAGGGAACAAGAGCCCCAAGUGUGGUUGCGAGGCUCAUGGGUUUAGAGUCUUUACCAGUACCAAAUGUCCAAGAGCCUCGGUUUAACCCUGAUCUUGAUCCAUUCUUCCUUAGACCUUCACGUAACACAAGCAAAUGGAAUGCAUAUGAGAAUCUUGGUUAUGUAAAUCUCCGUAGUGACUAUGAUGGAGGAGUAUCUUGGGAACAUUUGGAUUCAAGAACGAAUGAAGGACGCAACCGACCCAUUGAGAGGUUCCAGACUGAAACUUUUCCUCCCAGGUUGGCCAAACCGAUCUGUGUUACCAACAAUAGGCUCUUGUCUCCUAUCAGGAGUCCUGGCUUUGUCCCGUCUAGGAACCCUGUUUAUGUAAUGGAAGCAGCUUCGAGAAUGAUUGAACCAAGUCCUAGGAUGGCUGCUAGAACGCGGUUUUCGCCACCGUCUAACUCUCCUUCAUCGGUUCCUAUGAGGAUUCAAGAUUUAAGAGAGAAACUAGAAGCUGCUCAGAAAGUGUCAAACCGGAAGCACAAUGAGAAGAGAGCAUCAGCAUCAGUGAUGACACCAUCAGCUAGUAAUAGUAAGUCUAUGGGGAACAACAGUUCUGAUGGGUUGAAGAGAAAAGGGAAGUUACCUUCUGUAUCAAAGGCCAGCGCAACGCCGUUAAGCGUCAGCAGAACAAGCCAAAAGGAGAAAGCAGAAGCUAAAAAUGGUAUAGUCAAAAGCCAGAAUGGUCUCAGAGGAAAGAGUGUGCUUAAGCAGAACUACCAGAAACAGAAUCAACGCUCAGUAACCUCUGCUUCAAACCAAAAAAGCAGCAGUGUAGUUAACAAAGUUGUGAACAAGGCUCCAGUGUCAAAGCAGCAAGGUUCAACAACGGCAUUGGCUGGAAAGAACACUUCUCUAUCUUUGUCUCGCAAGAAGACUCUUCCCAGGAGCAAAAAGCAAGAAACUGGAAUCUCCAAUGAUAAACGGAUCAAAAGGAAUGAAAACGUGAUAAAAUGUAACAUCACCAUUGAUAACACAGGCAAAGAUGAUGGGAAAAAGGAAAUGGAUGUGAUCUCAUUCACGUUCUCGUCGCCCAUCAAAGGCUUAUCAUCUGAUUCACUAUCUUCCACCCAAGGAAUUGACCAGGAGACGGACUCUGCAGUUAGUUUCGAUAUGUUUGGUGGAGAUUCUUUAAAUGUUCUGUUAGAGAAAAAGCUCAGAGAGCUGACUUGUAAGCUUGAGUCUUCUAGCUGUAGCUUGACUCAAGAAGAGUCUUCACGCUUCAGUGCAAAAGAUGGGGUGAACGGUGGAAUGGUUUCAUCUUCAUCAGAGUGUGAUAAGUCGACACAAAACGGUAUGGAUAGAGUUUUGUCCGAGAGUGAAUCGGUUUCUGACUGCACUUCAUUCUAUGACAAACAAAAAUUCCAGAUGAUACAAGCAGAAGAACAGGAAGUAAGCAGCAUUAGCACUGUGACAGAAGCUGAUGAUUUCAGAAGCUCCUGCAGCAAGGGCUUCUCAGAUUGUAGACAGACCACAGAACAUGAGAUUAAAUCCUCACCAGAUCAAGAAUUCACAUGGGUUUCAUCAGCACAAGAAGAGUCUGAACUCUCAGAGUCUGUAAUAACACUGGCUUAUUCAGAAGACGAAGAAAGGCUAGACUGGGAGCUUGAGUACAUAUCUGAGAUCCUCAGUUCUGACCAACUGAUGGUGAAAGAGUUCGCUUUGGGAAUGGCUGUUGACAUAUUACCUGCGAGCCUCUUUGAUGAAAUAGAGGGCCGUGGAGAGGCAACAGCAGCCAAGCUGAGGAGAAGGACAGUGUUUGAUUUUGUUAACAACUCCUUAGCACUCAAAUGCGAGCAGAUGUUUAGGGGUACCUGCAGAGGGAUAUUGGGGAAAGAAGGGAUUCUGUUUGAACGUAGAGAUUGGUUAGCUGAAGAACUGAACAGAGAGGUUCACGGGUUGAAGAAGAUGAGGGAGAUGAUGAUGGACGAGCUUGUUGACAAAGAGAUGAGCAGUUUGGAAGGGUGUUGGCUUGAUUUCGAGAGAGAGACUUAUGAAGAAGGCGUUGACAUUGAAGGAGAGGUAGUUUCUGCGUUGGUUGAUGAUUUAGUUAAUGAUCUUGUCUCAGUGUUCAAAGAACAACAUCGAAGCCAAGGACAUGGGUUAGUUUCUGCUUUGGUUGAGUCUGAUCUUCUCUCAGCAUUCUAGAAGCUCCUGGUCUAUGUCUCUGAGCAUUCCUUAUAUAUUUUUCAAAAGUUCUUUUGAUUUGUUCUGUAUUGUCUACAUGGGUAAAUCCUUUUAAAGGUCAAAUGAAAUGCAAAUAAACUACUAUAAUGAUUAAGAAAGUGUUACAGAAUCA